GCGACCGGGGCGAUGUGAACCGGGGCCCGCGAGCGCGGCCGGGUCGCCGCGAUGUGGCUCAAGCCCGAGGAGGUUCUGCUGAAGAACGCCCUGAAGCUCUGGGUGACCCAGAAGAGCAGCUGCUACUUCAUCCUGCAGCGGCGACGCGGGCACGGCGAAGGGGGCGGCCGCCUCACCGGUCGCCUGGUAGGUGCCCUGGACGCAGUGCUGGAUUCCAGUGCACGGGUUGCUCCAUUUCGAAUUCUGCUUCAAGUUCCUGGGUCCCAGGUUUAUUCUCCCAUAGCAUGUGGUGAGUUACUGAAUGGAUCAGACAUUUACUGGGCCAUAGCCACUGGUGCAACAUUCGAGGAAAUAAACCAGCACUGGGACUGGCUGGAACAGAAUCUCCUCCAUACCCUGUCUGUCUUUGACAAUAAAGAUGACAUUGCCAGCUUUGUCAAAGGGAAGGUAAAGGCUCUGAUCGCGGAGGAGAGCAGUAGCAGGCUGGCCGAGCAGGAGGAGGAGCCUGAGAAGUUCCGAGAAGCCCUGGUGAAGUUUGAGGCCAGGUUCAACUUCCCCGAGGCAGAGAAGCUGGUCACUUACUACUCCUGCUGCUGCUGGAAGGGCCGGGUGCCCCGCCAGGGUUGGCUCUACCUCAGCAUCAACCACCUCUGCUUCUAUUCCUUUUUCCUGGGCAAAGAACUUAAACUUGUCAUCCCUUGGGUCGAUAUCCAGAAAUUGGAGAGAACAUCCAAUGUCUUUCUCACGGAUACCAUCCGGAUCACCACACAGAAUAAGGAACGUGACUUCUCCAUGUUUCUGAACCUAGAGGAGGUGUUUAAGAUUAUGGAGCAACUGGCAGAUGUGACACUCCGGAGACUGCUGGAUAAUGAGGUCUUCGACCUGGACCCUGAUCUGCAGGAGCCGAGCCAGAUCACCAAGAGGGAUCUUGAGGCAAGAGCACAGAAUGAGUUCUUCCGAGCUUUCUUCAGGUUGCCAAGGAAAGAGAAGCUUCAUGCUGUCGUGGACUGCUCCCUGUGGACGCCCUUCAGUCGCUGUCACACCGUGGGGCGGAUGUUUGCCUCUGAUCGCUACAUCUGCUUUGCCAGCAGAGAGAAUGGUUGCUGUAAUGUUGUCCUUCCACUCAGAGAGGUAGUGAGCAUUGAGAAAAUGGAGGACACGAGCCUAUUGCCUAACCCCAUCAUUGUCAGCAUCAGGAGCAAGAUGGCCUUCCAGUUCAUCGAGCUCAAGGACAGAGAAAACUUGGUGGACAGCCUGCUGGUGAGACUGAGGCAGACCCAUGCCAACCAUCCUGUGCAUUAUGACACCUCAGCUGGUGAGGAUGACAUGGCUUCACCUGUGUUUUAUUCAACGAGCAUGUGCAGCGACAAGUUUGAAAUGGUAUCUUCUCCAAGUAGCAAGGAACGCGAGAAGGAAAAGAGCCCAUUGCCACACCCUAAGCCCCUGACUGCAGUCUUCCAGCAAUUGGGCAGCCAGAGCCCCGACUCCUGCCUGCAGUCCCGUGAGCAGAUAAAAAUCAGCCUGUGGAAUGACCACUUCGUGGAGUAUGGCAGGACUGUGUGUAUGUUUCGCACUGAGAAGAUCCGAAAGCUCGUGGCCAUGGGAAUCCCUGAAUCUUUGCGAGGAAGGCUGUGGCUCCUUUUCUCAGAUGCUGUGACGGACCUAGCUUCACAUCCUGGGUACUACGGGAAUCUGGUAGAGCAGUCGCUGGGGCGAUGCUGUCUGGUGACUGAAGAGAUAGAACGGGACCUGCACCGCUCCCUACCUGAACAUCCUGCCUUCCAGAAUGAAACUGGAAUUGCUGCCUUGAGGCGGGUGCUGACAGCCUAUGCCCACCGGAACCCCAAGAUUGGAUACUGCCAGUCCAUGAAUAUCCUGACCUCCGUGUUACUGCUGUAUGCCAAGGAGGAAGAAGCCUUUUGGCUAUUGGUUGCUGUGUGCGAGCGGAUGCUGCCCGAUUACUUCAACCACAGAGUAAUUGGGGCCCAGGUGGACCAGUCCGUCUUUGAGGAGCUCAUCAAGGACCACCUCCCAGAGCUGGCAGAGCACCUGAAUGACCUCUCAGCCCUGGCCUCCAUCUCCCUCUCAUGGUUCCUGACUCUGUUCCUCAGCAUCAUGCCCCUGGAGAGUGCGGUGAAUGUUGUGGAUUGCUUCUUCUACGAUGGGAUCAAAGCCAUCUUCCAGCUGGGGCUGGCUGUGCUGGAAGCCAAUGCUGAGGAGCUGUGCAGCAGCAAGGACGAUGGCCAGGCCCUGAUGAUCCUCAGCAGGUUUCUAGAUCACAUUAAGAAUGAAGACAGCCCAGGGCCCCGCAUUGGCAGCCACCAUGCCUUUUUCUCUGAUGACCAGGAGCCCUACCCUGUGACUGACAUUACCGACCUGAUCCGGGACUCCUAUGAGAAAUUCGGAAACCAGUCUGUGGAACAGAUUGAGCACCUGCGCUGCAAGCACAGGAUCAGGGUCCUGCAAGGCCACGAGGAUACCACGAAGCAGAAUGUGCUCCGUGUUGUUAUUCCAGAAGUCUCCAUUCUUCCUGAAGACCUAGAGGAACUCUACGACUUAUUCAAGAGAGAGCACAUGAUGAGCUGUUACUGGGAGCAGCCCAGGCCUGUGACCCCGCGCCAUGACCCCAGCCGGCCCUAUGCGGAGCAGUACCGCAUUGAUGCUCGGCAGUUUGCACACCUGUUCCAGCUGGUCUCACCGUGGACCUGUGGGCCACACACAGAGAUCCUUGCUGAGAGAACAUUCAGGCUCCUGGAUGACAACAUGGACCAGCUCAUGGAAUUCAAGGCCUUUGUGAGCUGUCUUGAUAUCAUGUAUAAUGGAGAAAUGAAUGAGAAAAUUAAGCUGUUGUAUCGGCUGCAUAUCCCUCCAGCACUCACUGAAAACGACCGGGACAGUCAGUCACCACUGAAGAAUCCUCUGCUGUCAACAUCAAGACCCCUGGUGUUGGGCAAGCCCAAUGGUGAUGCCAUUGAUUAUCAGAAACAGCUGAAACAGAUGAUUAAGGAUUUAGCCAAAGAAAAGGAUAAAACUGAGAAAGAAUUGCCCAAAAUGAGCCAGAGAGAAUUUAUCCAGUUCUGCAAAACACUGUACAGUAUGUUCCAUGAAGACCCAGAAGAAAAUGACUUAUAUCAAGCCAUUGCCACAGUAACCACUCUACUGCUGCAGAUUGGAGAAGUGGGCCAGAGAAGCAGCAGCUCAGGAAGCUGUUCCCAGGAGUGCACAGAGGAGCUGCAGGCUUCAGCCCCUUCUCCUGAGCAGGACUCAGUUUUUGCUGAAGUUGACAAGACUCCCCAGGCCAUCUCAGAGGCAGAAGGGGACUGGACCGUCUCCUUUGAACAUAUUUUAGCAUCACUUCUUACUGAACAAUCACUGGUAAACUUUUUUGAAAAGCCACUGAACAUUAAAUCUAAACUUGAAAAUGCCAAGCUCAAUCAGUACAGUCUGAAAACUUUAGACAUGAGCCACCAAUCACAGCCAGAACUGAAGCUGAACAACCAGUAGCAAAGUGUGCCGUGGAACAUGCCAUACCAAAGCCCAGACCUCAGAGUACACCGGGUAUAUGGACAAGCAACCUCAUAGACCUAAGGCUGGAGGAACUGAUGCAACUCACAAGCAUUGCUAUUUAUUCAAGAGAACUGUCAGUUGGGACACUUGACUUUCAUUUCUGUCAGAUCUGCUGAAAUGGGUUACAGACAGGUCAUACUAUUACUAACCAAGAGACAAGAAAAGCCCCAGGCUCAUUUUCACUUGACAGUGGGAGCUAUCAGGAUCUCAGAGCCACUGCCUGUGCAAUGACUUUUUGUUUGCACUACUUUUGUUUCAAUGCUGGUAAUUGAAACCAUUUACUAUAUUUGGUUUAUUUGCUUUAUAUGUCCUUCCAGAAAUGAUGUGUACAAACCAUGCUUUCAAUGUUGGCCUCCAAGGUUUUUAAUAAAAAUCUUUUU